AUGUUUUAUCACAUCAUGAACAACAACAAGAAAUUCAUCCUCUCUUCCUCCUUAUUACUUCUCGGAGCAGCAGGUUCUUUAAGUUAUCCCUCUCUACGACGCUAUUGCAAUGGACCCAUGGUCGAUCAGUCUCUGAUGGAUCGUUCCAAUCUCAAGAAUCGUGUCAUCAUUGUCACAGGUGUUGCUCCAGGUGGAAUUGGCUAUGAAACAGCACGAUGUCUCUAUGAAAAGAAUGGAACGAUUGUGUUGGCUGUUCGAGAUGUGAAGAAGGGAGAGGAAACGAAACAAGAAAUUCGAGUCUCAAAAAAUAGUGGUGGUGAUCAUGAUGAUAACAAGGAGAAGGGACAAGUGAUUGUGAUGAAAAUGGAUUUGAAUGAUUUACAAAGUGUGGCAGAAUUUGCUUUCGAAUUCCAUGAAAAAUUUUCACAUUUGAAUCAUUUGGGUCACUUUUUGUUGACCUUGUUGUUGUUGGAUCAAUUGAAAGAGUCGAAAGGAAGAGUGAUCACAGUGGCAUCGAGGGCUCAUGAAAACUACAAACCAACUUCUUUCAAAGUGGAGGAUGUCUUGAGCAAUACAGGUUCCAAUACUCAUCCGCAUGUGUUGUACGCAAGAUCAAAAUUUGCCAAUGUAUUGUUCACUAAAAAGUUGGAUCGAAUGCUGAAACAAGAGGCUCUUGAAACAAAUGCUGCCUUUUUUGGAAGUGAUCCUAAAACCUCAUCAAUGAUGGCGAGGACCAAUCAAAAUGAUCGAUGCAUGGCAGUUUGUUUACAUCCUGGACUCAUUGCUACUCAUAUUGGUCGACACAGUACCUUGAUGAAUGUACUUCUGGGUUUUGGAACAUUGUUUGGAAAAACGCCAGUGUAUGGAGCACAAACGACCUUAUAUUGUGCUUUGGAGGAAAAAAACAAACUACAUGGAGGAGCCUAUUAUGCGGAUUGUAAGGAAAAACCGUGUCAUCCAAUGGCAGAUUCCAUUCAAUUACAGAAUGAAUUGUGGGAUACUAGUUUGAAAUUGGUCGAAAAGUAUUUAAAUAAGUAG